AUGACUCCUGGAUCUUCAAAAAAUGAACACAAAAGCCCAAGUGGGAUGGAUACACACCCUGUUCAACCCAGGUUCUUUAUACCUAAACGCGCAAAGCCGAACCGCUAUCGACCUGUUUUCCCUACUGCGGAAAGGGAACUCUCCCCCAAGAAGUAUGACCUGACCAACUGUAAACAACAUGACCGUCCCGUCCCCAGCCAUCAAAGAAAGCCCAAGGUAAAGAAGGAGAAGGAAAAGAAAGAAGAGAAAGAAGAGAAGGUUGAGCAAAAGAAGGAGAAAAAGAAGAACCAAGGGAGGAUCGUCUACGCCGACUUGACUGGUAUACAAAAGCAAGUGAAGGAGGUCACUGCCAAGGAUCGACGGUUGAAAAGGGUUCACCCCACUAUUGCAUUAACUCUGGGUACGCCCAAGACGUGUAUAAUGGCCAAGCUCGAAUCCGACUCCGCACCCAAUCCCGUUGCCAUGCCCGAACUUGCUGUUAUGAUCCCAGAGCCCAUUCAAUCCUUUGUCGAAAUGUUGAAUGAGUUACGGGUUCAAGCUUUCUGGACCUGCGCCUUGUGGAUUGAUAUGCUGCUUACCACUGCGCCAACAGAUCUCACACAACUCCUGAAUAAAGUUCUAGAUUCCCAGAAAUUUAUUUACGGCCUUGGUACGUUGUUGUAUCAUGGGAAGGUCGGUUCAAGAGCCGAUUAUGUGAAGAAUGUGAAGAAAUAUGGCCAAGAAAAUGUAGUCAAGCCGUCCCAGCUCCAAGCAUACGAAUACUUUUGUACAGAAACAGGGUUCGAGCCUUUAAAAACGAUCUAUCCCCGUUUGACAGUCGGCAAGUCAAGCCAGAUGGUCAUGAGAGUUGUUCAAGCGGCACUAAGAUCUCAUUAUCGGAAUGCACAGUUUGACAGUGAUAAACCCGCUGAAAGAAGCUCCAUCCAAUUCUUUUUUGAGCAAAAUGCCACUGCCGAAAAAUAUGUGGAUUUUCCUAGAUCUGCUUUCUCGCCUCAGUCUCUCUACUUAACUGAAGACUGCCUUCUGAGUAUAUUAUGGUCUAAUCUCGAUGUACGAGAGGAAAUAGGCCGGCUGCUGAACUUGGGGGUAGUAAGCAAAAAAAAAAAUGUAGUAGAUGCGGUCCUUAGUGAAAUAUGCCAGGAUCAUAAUAAGUAA